GGAAAAGGGAACCAGAAUGAAGGUUGCUUUGGUCACUCUAGUUGAUACAAAAAGACAGAGAAACAAAAAUGUCUGUAAAUAUUAAUGAAAGAGAAGACAUUGUUGAAGUCAAACAGAUUUUGACUGACCAUAUAGAAGUUUACGAUAACAGCACCAGAAGUGACUCUCCAGGAGGAGGCUGGGGAUCUGAAAGGAUCAAGCAGAAAGGGGCAAGGCCCUACAAGUUGGCUACAGGGAGCGUGCUGCUGCUGUGUGCCCUUCUGCUGUUCACCAUCAUGGGGCUGUGCGUUCACAUCUCCAGAGAGAGACACGAGCUGCGCGCCAUCACCACCAACCUUACUGGAGUCAGAGAUCUGCUAGAGUCCACUAAUGCUAAUCUGACCAGGGAAAGGGAUGCGUUUAAGACCAGCAACACUCUCAUCACAAAAGAGAAGGAGCAGCUAGAGAGCACCUAUGCAGCUGUGGUCAGCGAGAGAGACCAGUUAAAUGCCACUUACACCAACACACAUGCAGAGAAAGUCCAGUUACAGGCCAACUACAACACUCUAUCCAAAGAUAAAGACCAGCUGCAGAACCGCUACAAUGAACUGAAACGAGAUCGAGAAUCGCUGAACACCAGCUAUGUCAACCUUGAGAACGAGAGAAAUGACAUGCAGAAAGGGCUCCUAGACUUGGGUUGGAGGUAUUUUGACUCCCACCUGUACUACAUCUCAACAAUGAACAAAUCCUGGGAUGACGCGCGACAGGAUUGCAAAUCGAGAGGAGCAGACCUGAUCAAAAUAGACAGCCAAGAGGAACAGGAAUUUGUCUCAUCGUUUAACAAGGAAGCUUGGAUUGGCCUGUCUGAUGUCAACAUCGAGGGGCAGUGGAGAUGGGUAGACGGUAGCCCACUGACCACCAAGUUCUGGGCCAAAGACCAGCCAAACAGCUACAAAGGAGAGCAGGACUGUGUGAAGCUCUGGCUAUCACCACCCCUGGAGAACUGGAAUGACGAGAAAUGUUCCAUAGUACACACCUGGAUAUGCGAAAAACUAAUCCAGAGAUAGUUAAAUGUGCUCUAAGUCUUCCAUAAUACAGACCUGGAUAUGCGAAAAACUCACCCAGAGAUAGUUAAAUGCGCUCUAAGUCUUCCAUAACACACACCUGGAUAUGCGAAAAACUCACCCAGAUAGUUUAACGCGCUCUAAGUCUUCCAUAAUACACACCUGGAUAUGCGAAAAACUCUCCCAGCGAUAGUUAAACGCGCUCUAAGUCUUGUUACACAGUUUCUGAGCUAAAAUGUAUUUUUGUCACAUACAGCAGUGUUUCCGCUAGAUUUUUUUUAAACAGUGGCGGCGGCAGACAAUAUUUUGCGUCUCCCCUAAUUCUGAAGCAGUGGCCGCUAAAUGAAGAGGAAACACUGAGAAGAAAGUUAAUGUUUUAAAUAGGCUACAUCAAUACAAUAUAUAAUAUGUGAAGUGAAACUGGACGGGCCAUAAUAACCUCUGACUAGUUUUAGGCUACUUAUUGUUAAAUUGCAAUGUGAGCGGCAGCCAGCAGGGAGGAUCCGUCGGCAGGAUUGUUUAAAAAGCAACUGCAACUACAUUGUGUGUCUGCCCUGAUUCUGAUACCCUGGGGAUAUUAAUGAAACCGUGGCGGGCCGCCAUGCUGAAAUAAAUGUAGAGGAAACACUGCAGCAAACCUCACCUCACCCUCCGCUAUCUGCCUGCGCCCUGAUCACACUGUGAAGCGACGGGGCCUCUGGCAUUGGCAGGGUUCUUUUUUGAUCACCAGCCUAAAGUUUCUAAAGUCUCUAGCCAAUCAGAAUUUCUACUUGCCAAUUUUUUCCCGGUGAAAAUAAGAGAAUUAUGAGUUUAUUAGAUGAGUGUCACUGAAUGCAUUUGAUCAUUUUAUUAACAUUGUUGGCAUGAAUACAUACCACAAAAUACACACAGAAAGUGCAAACACUUCAUUUCAUGUUAUCUAUCUAUCUAUAUCCUCAUCCCCUGCUUCAUUCCUCUUCUCGCCCCCAUAAGUCUGUCCCAACCACUGUCACAUUUAAUCUUAACUUAAUAAAAAGAAGAUAUCAAUUAUUAGGAGAUGCCACUUGUUUUCUCUCCCUCUCGUGCAUGCUCAGACGCGUUCUCAAUUAAAUGGAGUAGCAUAGAGCCUACGUUCAA